GGCCGUUGGCGGGCCCCGAUGUGACAUGUAACGUAACAAUCGAUGAUUGCUAUUAACUUGUUUGUUAUAUACUUUCCUAUACACUUCGCUGCUCUCCGAACUUUUUUGUGACCUCAUUUUCUGAACAAAAACUCCUCUGCAAAGGUUUGAAACAACCUGGGAAGAAAGAGCAAGGAAGCAAACAACAUAGAGAUUCAACAAUGUCACUAGAAUCCGACGUCAAGAUCCCCGCGGUGAAGUUUGACCGUAGCACGAUUGACAAGCAGACACUCGAGUUUAACGAGAAGUUGAUUAAGAUCUGGGCUGAUGGACCGAGAUGGUAUGAGGUCGGAGCCCCGGCGUACCGUCAAAUGCGCUGGGAAGGCAAAACUCCCCUUGCCAAGCCCGUCGUCUUGCCCGAAGGUGUAAAUGGUUCUCUUCCCUCCAGGGAAACUGGACGGGAGAUCCCGUAUCGAGUGUUUAAACCAAGUAGUGGAAAGAGCAAAGGGAUACAUAUGCACAUCCAUGGCGGAGGAUGGGUAUUGAUGAGCGAGGCUUACCAAGAUCCCUACCUGAAAUACCAAGCCGACCACUUUGAAGUAACGGUCGUAUCAAUCGGCUACCGCCUCGCGCCCGAAGACCCCUGGCCUGCAGGCGCAGAAGACUGCUACGACGCCGCAGAAUGGCUAGUCAAAAACGGACCUGAAGUUUUUGGUGGAGAGCUCAUGUUUACUGGCGGUGAGUCCGCCGGCGGCCAUCUCGCCUGCCUCGUCGCCAUGCAUCUCCUCGAGACGAUGCCAAGUUUCGCAUUCAAAGGCCUCCUCCUCCACUUUGGCUGCUACGACAUGUCGUCCUUCCUGCCCCACGUUCUGCACCACGAAACACAUCUCGUCAUCGACCACGACGUGAUGAAAUCUUACAUUGACGCCUUGCUUCCCAACACCACGGAAGCUGAGCGCCGCGACCCCUCCAUUUCACCUUUCUGGGCUGACCUCCGUGGAAAGAAGUUACCGCCUGCUCUGUUUACGUGUGGUAGUGAAGAUCCGUUGUUGGAUGAUAGCGUGAUGAUGGGGGCGAAAUGGGCGAUGUGGGGGAAUGAGAGUAUAGUCAAGAUUUAUCAUGGAGCGCCGCAUGGAUUCAUUGGGUUUCCGCCUGGAACUAUCAAGAGUGUGCAAGAGGUUUUGGAUGAUACUGAGGCCUUUGUCAGAAGUAAAAUGGGCGCUUGAUUAAAUUGGAUAGGUGAACUGGACGCAUUCGGUGGGUGCCUUGCCCUUGAUAUCCUAAGCUAGAUAUACCACCUGGUUGAACGUCUGGCAUUCAAGGGAGGAAAGCAGAGCUUUCGGGUCUUUUCGCAUCUCUCUCAAGAAUUUGCCGAAUUUCGAAUCCUUCUUCGCUAGCAGAGCCUCGUAUUGUCUCUCGUAUUCUAUGCUCAUCAAUACCUCAGUCGGAUCGAAUAUACGGGCA